AUGGACACAUACACAGACCCUCUCCUACACCACCGCCCUAAACUCAGACACUCUCCUACACCACCGUCCCUAAACUCAGACCCUCUCCUACACCACGUCCCUAAACUCAGACCCUCCCUACACCACGUCCCUAAACUCAGACCCUCUCCUACACCACCGCCUAAACUCAGACACUCUCCCUACACCACCACACUACCCAAACUCAGACCCUCUCCUACACCACCGCCCCAAACUCAGACACCCUCCUACACCACGUCCCCUAAACUCAGACACUCUCUCCUACACCACCGUCCCCUAAACUCAGACCCUCUCCCCUACACCACUGUCCCUAAACUCAGACACUCUCCUACACCACUGUCCCCUAAACUCAGACACUCCCCAAACUCAGACCCUCUCCUACACUACCGUCCCCUAAACUCAGACACUCUCCUACACCACUGUCCCCUAAACUCAGACACUCCCCAAACUCAGACCCUCUUCCUACACCACCGCCCCCAAACUCAGACCCUCUCCUACACCACUGUCCCCAACCCGCCCCCAAACUCAGACACUCCCCAAACUCAGACCCUCUCCUACACCACCGCCCCAAACUCAGACACUCCCCAAACUCAGACCCUCUCCUCCUACACCACGUCCCCUAAACUCAGACCCUCUCCUACACCACCGCCUAAACUCAGACACUCUCCUACACCACCGUCCCUAAACUCAGACCCUCUCCUACACCACCCCCCCUAA